GUGGCGCAAACGAACGCGGCCACUUUAGUAUUGCAGCAUUAAGCGCGCAUUGUACAACGGUAAAGAGUCGCGGCACAACAAAGUUUACUUUCACUCGAACACUCGGAAACAUUUAGACGCGUCUAAACAAUGGAACGCUGGGUGGACAAAGUCGCUGUAGUCACAGGCGCCAGUUCGGGCAUUGGCUGGGCCAUCGCGCAAGAUCUACUCAAAUCCGGUAUGAUCGUGAUUGGCUUGGCGCGACGCCUACAGCAGAUGGAGGAUCUCAAGGAGCAGCUGGACGCAAGCAUACGCGAGCGCUUCUAUCCGCGCUCCUGCGACAUGACAGUGCUGCCGUCGGUGAAGAGCAAUUUUCAUUGGGUGGAGCAGCGUUUCCAUCGGCUGCAUGUGCUUGUCAACAACGCCGGCAUGGUGGAGAUGACCAAGGUGCUGGAGGAGGGCAAUGAGGCCAUACUGAAGCGUGUCAUCGAUGUGAAUCUCAUGGGCACAGUGAAUUGCACCAAGCAAGCGUACAGACUGAUGCAGGCUACUAUGGCGCAGGGUGAGGCGUGUCAUAUAAUAACGGUGAAUAGUCUGUUGGGGCAUACGGUGCCGCAGCAUAUACCCGAGUGCGGUUUGAAUUUGUAUCCGGUGGCGAAGCAUGCGCUCUGCACGCUCGAUGAGGUCUUGCGCCGUGAGCUCUUUCCGCACAAGCUGAUGCGUUUGUCGUCCAUUAGUCCCGGUUUGACGCGCACUGACUUUGGCGGCGCGCCAACUGAGGAUGAGAAGAAGAAAUGGGAGGAAAUGAUAGAACCUGAUGAAAUUUUAUUGCCCGAGGAUGUGGCGCGUGGUGUGAAUUUCAUACUCGCCUCGCCGCCGCAUGUGACUAUCGCGAAUUUGUUGAUGGUGCCGGCGCGUGAGAAAUAUUGAGCGUCAACUUUUUUACUUUUUUUUUCAAUAAUGAAAGUUUUAGUCUGAAUAUUUUCUAGAAUAAUAAAAUUAAUAAAUAAAAAUUACAAAUAAAAA